CAGGGUUAUUCUGUCAGUCACCUGGCAGAGCGCACGGUUGUUUUUCACAGUGUAUUGACAUGUCAAGGUCCACUUUGUAGGGUGCGAUGGUCUUAUAAAUACGGGGGACACCACAGGAAGCAGCAGUACUCAGAAGUUCUUGGAGAGCCCAUCCCUUGAGAGGUCCCUUACAUUUAACUGCUUAGAUCUCGACAGCCUAUAAAUAAUGGAUGACCGGUGUCAUUGUGCAACCAACAGCGACACGCUUUUGAAUCCCAUCCUCUACACCAUCCUGAGUCAAAUCGAUGGCAGCAAGCCGAGCCAAAACGGCUUCAACUACAACGCGCCGAUUCACAGAUGCAACUGUCAGCUGCGACGCACCGUGUGCUUGAAAAGGCCAUCUGAGAUCUGCCAAGAAGCAUCAGGGGUUCUGGUCAAAACCGUCCAUUUCAUGAAGAAUUUACCUGCUUUCAAUCAGAUGCCACCAAAAGACCAGUUCUCACUCCUCAGAAGCUGCUGGGCACCGCUCUUCAUUUUGGGCCUGGCCCAGGAGCGAGUGGAGUUUGAGGUGACGGACACACCGGCGGACAGCAUGCUGAAGAAGAUUCUCUUAAAUCAUCACGAGAGGUAUGAGAUGGAGAGGGAGCAACCCACCAUGGCCGGCGUCAGCAAACUCCAGUCCUGCCUCAAGAAGUUUUGGAGCUUGGAUUUGAGUCCAAAGGAGUACGCGUACCUCAAAGGGAUCACGAUAUUUAAUCCAGAUGUGCCAGAGUUGAAGGCGGCGCUGUUUGUUGAAUGCUUGCAACAGGAGGCUCAGCACGCCCUCAGCGAGGUGGUGCAGCUGCUUCACCCGGGGGACCGGGAUCGCUUUCCACGAAUCCUCCUCACGGCCUCUGUGCUGCAGGGCAUCACGCCGAGCCUCAUCGCCGAACUCUUCUUCCGGCCGGUGACGGGCCAGGCGGACCUGCUGGAGCUGUUGGUCGACAUGCUCUUCUGCAGGUAGAACAGGACGGCCGGAAUGUAACUACUGCUCCUGAGUGGAGCUGUCCUGGAGAAGGGUGAACCCAACGAGCUUUGAUGUCUGCUGAACUUAUCAUUGACCGAGACCAAGCGAUGUUUUCCUCAGGGCUAUUCGGGCGGGCUGACAGUACUGCUCAAAAGGCCCAAACAAACUAUGCAUGAGUCGGUGAAAGGCGGACUGAAUGACUUAUUCACAUUGAAGUUUGGGUCACUUUUUUGGCCCCUGAAAAUCUUGAAUUGGCUGAUGUUUGAAGAAUUUACCUUUUAACACAAAAGCAGAGACUGUAUCCACUGUAAAUAUCAUGUAUCUUCUGUUGAAUGACGGUUUGCUUCAAUGCUGCAGAAACAGCACAUUUUCAAAUAAAUAUAUUUUUGUAUUUGAACGUAGCAGUUAAGAUCUGUUUCAAUCUUUUAAGAA